UUCUGUCUUUGUUUUUAAAGCGACCUAGGUCAUCGUCGAUGGGCAGCUCGGGUGGUUUUUAACGGUUUUUUUUUUUUUCUCAGCUUAACGGUUUUAUUUCCCUUUUUUUUCUUUCCUUAAUCUCAGAUGUAUUGAAUUAGAGAGCGACACAUUUUUUUUAGACUUAAAACACUCACUGCAGUGUAACAGGAGAAAAGGGGGACUGCGCAAAAAAAAAAAAAAAAAAAAAAAGUCGGUCGGGAUUUGCGCCGGUGUGACGUCAUGGGGAUCCACAGAGCUCUCUGACAGAAUCAGGAGUGGAAGUGGGGAGGAGGAUGUAUGAUCAGCCUCGUCGGAGGUGUCGAAAAGCGUCUCUUUGCCAGGAGAUGUAGGAGAGGAUGCAUGCUCGGGGAUUUUUUGCUUCCUAGCAGUUAAAGCGACUGCUGCCUCUAUUCUCUACCCGAAAAAACACAGACACACAGCAACAGACAGAGGGGGGAUAAGCAGCUACUAUAUAAUCCCUGGAACGGUCACAUUCACGGCAGAGGCUCGGAUCGGACAGAAAUGAACAGAGGCAGCACCAUCUGGAUUAAAUGAGAGCGAAAGAAGAGUCUGGGCGCACAAAGCGAGCCUGAAGUGUUAUGCCAGUUCGGCUGUGCGGCGGUUAUUGGACUGGAAAUGGGAGCUUUAACCAGCAGGCAGAACAUCGGCGUGGAAGAAGUGGACAUUCCGUCCAAUUCGGUGUAUCGUUACCCUCCGAAAUCUGGGAGUUACUUUGCCAACCAUUUCAUCAUGGGAGGGGAGAAGUUUGACUCCACCCAUCCGGAGGGCUACCUGUUCGGGGAAAAUACGGAUCUCAACUUCCUGGGAAGCAGACCAGUAGCAUUCCCAUAUGCAGCUCCGCCACCUCAGGAACCAGUAAAGACGCUACGAAGCCUUAUAAACAUUCGAAAGGACACGCUGCGGCUCGUGAGAUGUAGCGAGGACCUGAAGUUGCCGGGUGACGAGGUGGCGGGGAAGAACAGGGCGUGCUACAAUGUAGAGUUCACGUUUGACGCGGACACGCAGGUCGCCAUCACCAUUUACUACCAGGCCAUAGAGGAGUUUCACAAUGGAGUGCCAGUCUACCUGCCACAGGACAGCUCGCUGCAAUCAGAAACUGUUCACUUUAAGAGAGGAGUGUGCCAGCAGUUCUGCCUGCCCUCGCACACCGUCAACCUCAGCGAAUGGGCGGACGACGAACUGCUGUUUGAUGUAGACAAGGAGAUCUUCCCGAUGGUUGUGCAGGCUGUGGUAGACGAGGGAGAAGAACAUUUGGGCCAUUCUCACAUCCUAUUGGCUACGUUUGAAAAGCACAUGGAUGGAAGUUUCUGUGUAAAACCUCUGAAGCAGAAGCAAGUGGUGGAUGGAGUUAGCUACCUGCUGCAGGAGAUCUAUGGGAUCGAGAACAAAUACAACAGUCAGGAAUCAAAGGUGGCCGAUGACGAGAUCAGCGACAACAGCGCAGAAUGCGUGGUGUGCUUGUCUGAUGUGCGAGACACCCUCAUCCUCCCGUGCAGACAUCUAUGUUUGUGUAACGCCUGCGCAGACACUUUGCGCUACCAGGCCAACUGCUGUCCCAUCUGCAGGCUGCCCUUUAGAGCUCUGCUGCAAAUUCGAGCAAUGAGGAAGAAGCUCAGUCCUCUGUCGCCCACCAGCUUUAACCCCGUCAUCACCUCCCAGACAUCGGACUCGGAAGAACACUCACAGGCAUCGGAACACAUCCCUCCCGGUUAUGAGGCUGUUUCUCUGCUUGAGGCCCUGAAUGGGCCCUUGAAUACCUCCUCUGUGGAUCCUCCUCCUCUCCAUUCUGGUCCCAGCCACGUCGCUGGAGUGUUGCCACCAUAUAGCAGUGAGCCCCACCCGGCCAGAUCCCUCUCCCCUCUUGACCAGUCCAACUCCAGUCAGGGAAUAAAACUGAAAAAGAGUGGUUCAAAAUCACUUUCCCAGAACUCCUCCGUGCUUCCCGAAGAAGAGGACGAGAAGUCUGGCAGUGAAUCGGAUGCAUGUUGUCCCAAAGUGGCCGUCGAUCAGCAGGAGUGCGGAGUGACUCCAGACAGCGAGAACCUGACGCUUUCCUCCUCUGGAGCCAUCGAUCAGUCGCCCUGCACCGGCACCCCUCUCUCCUCCACCAUCACCUCCCCUGAAGACCCGGUGAGCAGCAGCCUGGCCCAGUCAGUGAUGUCAAUGGCCUCGUCCCACUCGCAGCACUCUCACAUCAGCGCUGACACCAUGUCCUCCAUGUCAGGGUCCUACCUGGCCGGCGCUGAACCUGAGCCCGCUGGAGUCGGGGAGGGAGACGUGGAUGGAGAGGAGGACCGAGACGCUCCGAUGGAGAGCAGAGCUGCACCACACCAGGACGGGGAGUUUUCCAGGGAAUCAAAGGGAAACAAUUACUCUUUGGCUGUAGAGGAGCAGGAUUCAGAGGGAAAUGAUGUCACAGAAGAGGACUGCUCCUCUCCGUCAAACGGGAAAGGUGGGCGGAGCAGGUGUCCAGAGUUGGCCAAUAACAAUCAGGGCGUCGCCCACUGUGACACGCCCUCUUUGGGGUUGGAUAAUGAGCAGGCUCCAGACAGCCGAUUCGCCGAUUUUAUGUAUCUUGGGGGCUACAGGCCUGCUCUAGACCCCCUCCCCCACCACUUCUCCACCAGCAACAUUAACCUGGAGGAGCAGGGGGCGGAGGACAGGGACGGCCAGAGUCCGAAACACCCCCGCCGCGGGCCGCUCAUCGUGUAACGGUCCAACCAACCUAACAUCCCCCGACCCCCACACUUUAAAUCAGCUUUUCCACCUCCCGGCCCAUAGAGCUGCGACUGUGGGUACCGUCUUUGCCGAGCAGGGAAGCUUUUCCCCAUCUGUCUAAAGAUUGCCGUGACGAUCUGUUGCCGCCGCCGCUGCUGCUGUUGGACCCUGGGUCAAAUGGAGAGAGGAAGAAAGAGGAACCACCGUUACCAUACUUGGUGCACUUUCAUCUCAUUUUAUUUGUUUUAUCGUCUGUGACUAUUUCUGGGAAUGAUUCUCCCAUCCUGCUGUGUUAUUAUUUAUUACCUGUAGGUUUUAUGACGGCUCUGUAUUGUGUUAGUAUCUUUAGAAAUAUUUUAAUCCUCCUCUUCACCCUUUUUUUCUUCCUUCCUACUGAUUUACCAGCCAAACAGUCAGGGGCUACUGUGAACGGCAAUCUGAUUUAUUACUACUAACUUCUUCCUCUGUGUAAAAAAACUGUCAGAACGAGUGGUCGGACACUUUGACGCUAAACAUCAGCUCUCACCGGACUACCUUACUGAAGUAAAACAACACUGACCCCUUUCUUCGGAUCAGGGAGCUACACUCUCGACCUUUGCAUGCAGCUUUUUCACCUUUUCUCUCCGUUUCCGUCAUGCUUUGAAACUCCUGAAUGUAAAUUUAAAGGCAGUCGGACUUUUUCGACAGAUGAGCCAAGAAGCGGCGGCCAAAAUGACCUGGAAAGGAAAGAAAUGUGGAAUGUAGGACAACAAGAGUGGAGUUGGGGG